AUGACAGCUAUCAUCGCCUUCAUCUCCUUCCUCUGGUUCGAUGACGUGUCUAACAGCAUCUGGGAGCUUAUAGUAAUCAAUGAAUGGCUGACACGGUCCAUCUCGAUUUCAACCCUACUUCUCCGAACUGCUGUUGAUAUGCAAGCUAGUAUUGGGGCAGCAAUGAUCGCAGCUCUUAUGAUGGAGUCAUCCCACGGUAUCCCGCUCUCCGAGGUCGCUGUCAUUGCGCCGAUGAAAUCUGGAGCUGCUUCUCCCUGGGCAUUGUGUAAAUCAGUGCUCUUUCCAUUAAUUGGAUUCCGUAGUGUGAUGAGAGCAUCGGUCAUCUCGUCUCAGUAUUUCGUGCUACUCUUUGUUUUGUUAACCACAACUUCGCUCCUUCAGUUCAGCUCCACCGCACUUCUGUCUGAUCUGCACCUCGGUCCCUUGCCGGACCUCGAAGUGUCCCGAUCUGCGUUGAAUGGAUUCAAAUAUACUUGCCUCGGUCAACAGCCUGCUUCUGCGGAUUGCGCGACCUUCGAGAAAUUAUCCUACAACGUGAUCCCUCGAGGUUCAAUUUGGUCAACAAACCCGCCAUUCUAUCCCGUCUUCGCCGAAUAUUCAGAACCACCACAGCAAAGUCCCGCGGGAUCAAGCGACACCGGAGUUCUCCUUCGAUCUAUGCUCCCCCUUACAGAUUCUCGGUCUAGACAAACGCUGCGCAAUUAUACUGGCAAGGCUAUAGUGCUGGAUUCCCGAGUGUAUUGUCAAGCACCGACAGUUUCGAAUUUGUCAUGGAGCGAAGGGUACUACAGCAACGGUACUGGCACAAUCUCCGCGAAUCCUACCAUAUCCAAGGUGAUGACGAAUAACUGGGCAGACGAGGCUAAUUUCAUGUGCUACUACGGCGGCGCUGACCAGUACUCAAUUUGCCAGAUAGGGUGUCCGAGCCCGAAGUACCUCCCAACACUUCUUAGUCAAUUUUCGAACGAAACUGUCGGCGAAGAUCUUACAAGAUAUGGCGCGGUCUUUCUAGUAUUGCGAACCACCGACCUCACACAAUGGAAAGCGCCGCACUCACCCGAGAUUCCUAUCACCAAUGCUUCCAGUCUUUUCGUCCAUGACGAGUGGAUCGACCUUAUCUCGCCAUCAGUCUAUGAGUCUAUCUUGUCUAUGUCCGUGUGUUAUGCUCCGUGGGACGCUGCUCGCUUGGAUGUUAGUAUUUACGGCGCCAUUAACAGAUCUGAACCUACGAUUCGCUGGGAACCUUCCAACCAAGAGAACGCAGCUGGGUCAUUCAACACUACAGAAAUCGCUAGUCAACUAGGCCUUGACUCAACGAAUCAGAGCCUAGAAGCACGAGGGAUCAUGACAUUAGAGAAGUCCACCUCCUUCAUCCCCACAAAGGACGAUGUCGUCCCAUUCCUUCAACGCCCGUUCUUUCAAGGCGACAUGUCAGGCAAAGGUGGUGGUGUCAACGGAGCCACCGUACCUCUCGAUGCGAACUGGACCACGCUCUUCAGCGGCAUCCCGCUCAUCAACGUACUUAACAACUUCACCUACACGCCUUCCAACAUUCUCGCGGCAGACCCGUCAAUCUCAAGCCUCUUCACGGGUGCGCUUUCGCGGAAUGCAUCCGUUGCCCAUGCUCUCUCGGGACUUAUUACAGUACUUUCGCUUUCCGCGUACUAUGGCCAACAACACGCUUUUGACUACGCUUCUGAAGUCAAUGAAACCUACUUCAAAGAAGUCUUACUUCCGCAAUCCUCAGGCGGCUUUACAGCAAUGACAUCUGUGCUUGUGGGGCACUAUGUUUUGAUUGCUGUACUGACGGUGCUGUAUAUCAAGCAGACUCAUUAUUCUCUUCUCGGCAGCGCGUGGGCAUCGAUUUCCCAAACUAUCGGCCGAGAUGUUUACGAACUCCUGGAAAGCAGCUCGCUGAAGACGGAUGCGGAGGUCGUGGAAUCGAUCCGAGAUUACGGGAAGACGGUUCUGCGAGCGCGGUUGAUGGCAGUUGAGGACGAAGGAGGUGCUAGAAUCGUUUGUACGGGCGCCGAUGCUAGUGGAUGA